AUGUUUCUAUGCUAUAGUGUUAUAAGUUUCGUGCUCUUAAUAAUUGUAAUAGUUGAAGAAGAAGUUAGAACUAAACCCCGAAUAAGAGCAGGAAUAUAUAAUUUAAAAGAAAAUGAGGAAAUUAAAGAAAAUGAUAUGGGAAUUGAAAUUAAUCAAUUAGAAGAAAAUAAGGAAAUUGAAGCUACUAAUCUCGAAAAAAAUUCCAAGGAAGAUAACAGCAAUAGCCUUGAAAUGAAAAGUAAAAAUGCUUUGAAAGGAUUUUUGCAAAGAUAUAAAUACAAUGAUCAAGUUGAUCACCAUGAACAACAUAAACGGAAUAAUUACGUUUGGAUAUUCUACAGUCUUUUCACUACCCUAGUAUUAUUUUCACAUCUUCUACUUUAUUUAGAAAUCACCUUCUGGUUUAAGUUGAAUAGUUAUUUCAAUAAAUUAUUGUGGAGUGGAUUAGCAUUAGAUGCUACUGUAGUAAGUUUGGACGCUUUGGAAGGAUAUGAAGAUGACACUCAAGUUUCACCAGAAGUAGAACGACGAAUAAAAGAAAUAGCAUAA